GUUAGUUUGCCAUUCAAUAAUGGCUUUCAACAUUGAUCCUGAGACCUGGAAGACUUUCACAAACAAUAAAAACACUGGCUUUGGCUAUAAGGUGAUACAGAAAGGUGCAAGUCUGCUUGUGAGUGAUCCUUUCUUACAUCUCAGUCAAACUAAAAGAGGACAAAUUUAUGACUGUUCUGUCACCAAAGGAAACUGCAUGCCAGUGGCCAUUUCUGUCCCUGAUGAGGCUGUCAACAUGUCCCUUGGACUUUCAAUGACCCUAGAUCCUCAGUCUUCAAGAGCAGUGGUUUGUGGUCCAACCAUACCAAAGAACUGUGAUGUAACCACUUACAAUGGCAUGUGCUUUAAAAUCAGUUCAGAUAAUGUUGUGAGCAAAUCUGUGCCAAAGACUCUGAGAGAAUGCCCGACAUCUCAAAUUGAUAUCGCUUUUUUAAUGGAUGGAUCUGGGAGUGUAAAUUAUGUGGAUUUUAAUAAGAUGAAGAAUUUUGUUAUAGAAAUGAUCAAAAGUUUUAUAGACCAUGACACACAGUUUGCCAUUGCACAGUUUUCUACAAACUGUUUCAUUCAUCACAAGUUUCAACAAGUCAAAAACGCCAAGUCAUGGGAAGACGCAGUGACUAAGAUAGAUCAAAAGAAGGGAUGGACCAACACUGCAAAAGCUAUAAAACAACUUGUGAGAGAGCUAUUUGUAAGUGAAGGAGGUGCAAGACCAUCAGCCAGCAAAAUUCUGGUUGUUAUCACAGAUGGUGAAUCAACUGAUAAAGAUGAUUCACUGACUGAAGCUGUUCAACAAGCACAAGCCAAAAAAAUAACGCGAUAUGCUAUUGGGGUUGGCAAUGCUUUUAAUGUUGACAAAGCAAUAAAUGAGCUAGCGACUAUUGCAUCUUUACCCACCAAUAAGCAUGUGUUUAAAGUAACUGACUUUGACGCGCUGGCCAGCAUUCGUGAACAACUCAAAGAGAACAUUAUUGCCAUUGAAGGAACCCAGACCACUGGUGAUUCAUCUCGGAUGGAGUUUGCACAGGAUGGGUUUAGUGCAGCAUUAACAUCAAAUACAGAUAUGAUAAUGACUGCAGUGGGAGCUUUCCAGUGGAAGGGUGGAUAUCAGCUGUACACACAAAAUAAUCAGUUAAAUGUAUUUCAAGUUGGAAGUGAGCAUGACAGUUAUUUAGGUUAUUCCUUGGCAAUAGCAACAAUGUCCAGAACAAAGUAUGCAGUCAUGGGAGCACCAAGACACAAGCAUAAGGGACAAGUAACUGUUUCAAGAAUUGAUAGUAUUCCAAGCAAAUUACAGGAACUGGAUCCUCCUAAGCCUCAGAUUGGCUCAUAUUUUGGAGCUGAGCUUUGUGUGGUGGAUUUGAACAGUGACUCUAGAACAGACCUCCUGUUGGUAUCGGCACCAACAUACAUAGAGCCUGACCAGGAAGGCAAAGUGUUUGUUUACACCUUCAACCGCAGGUCGUCCUUCAUUUUUUCGGAUACGGUGCUGGUGGGAAUGGCAGGUCAAAGGGGUCGGUUUGGCUCGUCUUUGGCCAGUCCAGCAGAUCUGAAUGGUGAUGGUUACAUGGAUGUGCUGAUUGGAGCUCCUUUAGAGGAAGACGGACAGGGCAGCAUCUACAUCUUCAGUGGAGGACCAUAUGAAAUAAUUCCCAGAUACUCACAGAGGAUUGCUGGGUUAUCUGUGCAACCAGGUUUGCGGUUCUUUGGGAUUUCGUUGAGUCAGUCCUCUCUAGAUCAGAGUGCAGACAGCCUUCCUGAUAUUGCUGUUGGCUCCAUGGGAGCAGUUCUGCUUCUCAGGUCCAGACCCAUCAUGUAUUUGGAAACCAAAGUAACUUACAACCCAUCCAAAAUACCAACCAGUGGAACAGACCAGUCACUGAAAAACACCAUGACAGUGUGCUUCACCAUGCGACCAUACAAUCACAACAUAAGAGGCUUAACAGCAAAUAUUAAUUACACCAUAACGCUGGAUGCCAAGCGUCAGAAAUAUCGUGCAUAUUUCACACCCAAAAACCGCUUCCACAAUUCCAUGAUGAACAUGAACAUGAAAGAAACUUGCAAUAGCCAUCCUUUCUUUAUAGAUGGUUUCUCAGAAGAUGCUCUGAACCCGUUGUCCAAUCAGUUAACAUUCACUUUUGAGGGUCUACCAUCUGCCACAUUGCAAAACAUAAGGCCAAUACUGCUGCCGGGAAUAAACACGACAGACCACAAUCUGGACUUUGAGAUAAAUUGUGGACGUGAUGACAUUUGCAUUGAUGAUCUCAGGAUGGAUUUCAAUUUCUCUGGAUCUACAAAUAUAGAGGUUGGCAUCAUGCAGGAAAUCAACAUGACAGUGUUUGUAGAGAACAGGGGAGAAAACUCAUACAACACAUUCUUCACCCUCAGCUACCCCUUUGGACUUUCCUACAGGAGAAUCAUAUCUAAACAGGCAGAACGUCACGGGCAGGUGACGUCAUCGACCAGGAAGCAUAAAAGCACGUGCGACGGAGCCGGCGUCAGCUUCGGAGAAUGA